UCACCAGACAAUUUCUCACCAGACAAUUUUUCACCGGAAAAUUGCUCACCAGACAAUUGCUCCCCAGACAAAUGCUCCCCAGACAAUUGCUCCCCAGACAAUUGCUCCACAGACAAAUGCUCCCCAGACAAUUGCUCACCAGACAAUUGCUCAACAGACAAAUGCUCCCCAGACAAUUGCUCACCAGACAAUUGCUCACAAGACAAUUGCUCCCCUGACAAUUGCUUAUUGGGCAAAUGCUUAUUGGGCAAAUGCUCACUUGACAAUUGCUCACCAGACAAUUGCUCACCAGAUAAAUGCUCC